AUGCGGCACAACCUAGCCGCGCUCUACGCGCUCGUUCGACUCGCCGGCGCGCAGCACCACGUCCCCGCCAAGAUCGUCGGCAGGGCUCGCAGGGAAUUGGUGAUCAUCGAGGAGGUUGAGCGCAAGCAGUUUCGACAUCUCGCCGAACCCCGGCACCCGAAUCCCAGCACCCGAAUCGACUUCGGUGCCCGUGUUCAUCGCUCCCUACCCCUAUCUCCCCUCGCGCGCAUCUCCGACAAGCUCACUCCAGGCCAGCUCGUGAUGCUCGACCUCCGUCUCGGGUGGCAGUAA